AUGAUGUCAGAAAUAAGUUUCAUCCCGGACAGUUUAAAAAAGAAACUGGAUCAGCUGGAGUGCCACUUCACAUGGGAUAUAAAAAAAGACGAUCUAGACUUCACGAAUCUCCUCAACAGACUUGAAGAACAAGACAAAUUGGAUCUAGGAAGUGAGGAAGGGGCUGCACGAGCGCAGUGCUCAAUGGGAUAUCUAAAAUUCCUUCUCGACUGCAAAGAAGAAGCCCUUACUCACCUGUCAAGAUCUGAGGCACUCAUCAAAGAAAACUUUGCAGACAACAAUGACAAGGCUCUUAUUGUGACCUAUGGAAAUUUUGCCUGGAUAAACUACCACAUGGAGAACUACACAGAGUGCGAACGUUACCUAAAGAAGCUUCAAAACAUGUAUGAGACAUUUCCAAUUGAGUCUUCAGCUGUUCCAGAGGUGCUUGGGGAGAAAGGAUGGACUUAUCUUAAAUUCUCUCGUAAAUAUUAUGACAAGGCAGCAGAAGUUUUUCAAAAAGCUGUGGAACUGGAUCCAACAAAUAGUGAGUGGAACGCUGGUUAUGCCAUCACUCUGUAUCGCACUGAAACUAGUCAGCCUACUAUAGAUUCACCUGUGAUCAAACAGCUGAGAAAGGCCAUUGACCUGAACCCAGAUGAUGAUGCUCUGAGAGUCCUUCUAGGAUUUAAACUUAUGAAUUGUUCUAAAGAAUUGAUGAAAGAGUCUGAGCAGCUGGUUGAGACAGCUUUGAAUCAGUCCCCAGAACAUCCAGAUGUCAUGAGAUAUGUUGGAAUGUACCUCAGGGAUCAAGGAUCUGUAGACAGUUCUAUUGCCCUUCUGGAGAAAGCACUUGAAAGAUCACCAAACUCAAGCUUCAUAUGUCAUCAGUUAGCAACAUGCUAUGAGAAAAAAAAAUUUACUUACUGA